GGAUCUUCACGCAGGCGAAAUGACACUCCUCGUACACAUGCCCAGCGCGACGCUUGGUUGCUGCUCAAGUAUUCACAUUUGUUGUAUUUUAACAAAGGAGUUCCUCUCCUUCUAGGAAGAGAAAUGAAAGAAGAAUUCCCUCCAGUGUGUAUUGUCCGUCGCUACCGCAAAGGCGAUGAAACAGUUAUCCGGGAAAUCAUAACAGAGGCGACCAUGGAGACUGUGAGCGAGUACUUCUGGGCCGCUGUCAUGUCUGAAAUAUUCCCUCAGGUUGCACUUCUGACAAUUGCUAUAUCAUUUAUUGGACUUGGGAUUCCAUUUUAUUUUUGUCUCCUUGGUAUUCCUGUAGCCAUUGCUUUCAUUUAUGCAGUGAUAUGGACUGCUCACUUAUUUAAAGCAAUGGAACUUCACGAGGACUUGAACAAUAUAUCACAGACAUACAUGUCGGAUCCUGAUUGUGGAUUUUGGGUGGCUGAAGUUCUUGAAUAUAGUGAAGCAAAUGAGCUGAACACACUGGUAAAUAAAACUAAGAAGGUGGAGUACGAUUUUUUGACAGAGGAACAACUGGAUGCACAAGGUUUAAAUUUCGAAGGACGGAAAAAGCAUAUUGUUGGUACAGUUGCUAUCACUAAAUCACUACGUGGAGGUCUGAAGGCCUGGCUGAGACGCAUGGCAGUGAGGAAAGCUUACAGGCACCGUGGGAUUGCCAUGAGACUCUUAGAUGAGGCAAUUCAGUUUUGUACUGAUCGUUGCCUUGAAGGAAUUGAGCUUGUUACGACAGAAUGUCAUUAUAAGGCUAGGGAACUAUAUUACAAGAGAGGUUUUGAGGCUCAACAUACCUACUUUAAGUAUUACUUCAAUGUCCAGCAACCCAUGUAUCUCUUCUGCUUGUCUUUAAAACCACCCAAAGCAGAACUUUCUGAAAUUUCUUCAUCAUAAGUUAGUCUCAAUGUUUUAAAGUGUUUUUGUUAUGAUAAGACAUGUGGUGAAAUCACCAAAAUAUUAUUUUUACAUUUGUUUAAAGGUAAAAAUAUUUUUCUAGGGAUAAUAUAUACUGUAUACUGUAGUAAAGUCUUUGUCUAAUGAAUUAAUUUAUAUAUAGGUAGCUAAAUCUUGAUGUUGGACAGAGUUGUUCAGGUACAGAGGUUUUGCAUGUUAUUGUACCUUGGUAUGCAGUACUGUAUAAUAAAAAAUUACUGUUAUGUUCAUAUUUAUACUAAUGAUAAAAUCCAGUACAUAUUUUCACAUUUACCUUCCAAAAUCUUAUGGAAAAUACAUUUUUAAUAUAAAUAUUGAAUAAUAACGUAUCUUUGCCACUCACUUGAGCUCCUGCCAUCUUAUUUUUCUCCGAUGCCAUAAUGUUUGUUCAUGUGUGGUGUUCAAAGAUACAAUAUUUGCUACUUUUAAUUAUAUUUUUUAAGUAAUUUAAACAAAAUUCAAUACAUUUAAUUAUUUCUAGAAUGAGUGUUGUGCAGUACUCUUCAGUGUUGGGAUACGUGAAAUUAAGCGUCCCUUCAACAGUAUACUGUGUGCCAUUUUUGAAGACAUAGCUAGACAGUUUUCGUGUCUUGUUUAUACAGAUCUGUUCAAAAGACCACUGUACAGUAGUUAUAAAUCUUUGUUAAUUUAUAAAAGUAAUAAAUUGUACACUGUAAGUGUAAUAACUUAUA